AUGCGAAACUUGGAAUGGGACGACAUGGGAGUGAAGGUUGAUGGUCGGCAGCUACACCAUUUGCGCUUUGCUGAUGACAUCGUACUGGUAACACCUAGCAUCAGCCAAGCGGAACGAAUGCUGACCGAAUUCGACGAAACAUGUGGAUGCAUCGGUCUUCAGCUGAAUCUACAAAAGACGAUGUUCAUGCGGAACGGAGCUGGGCAGGAGGAGACGAGCGGCUUGGGGAGCGUACAAGAGCAUCGAGGAUGUAGUGAAGAAUACCAAGAACACUCGGCUCCGUGCUCAUCUCGUCAACACCACUACUCGUACUUCCCGCUUUGA